CUGAGGCUCCUCUUCAGGAGGAUAAAUAGAAGCUGUACAUGAGUUUAAUCUGUGUCUGUGUCUGCAGCAGUGAACAACAUGGUGCGCUCUGUCCUCUGCCUCCUGACUGUGGCCCUGGCCUUUGUGCCUCUGCUCUCUGCUGUGGAAGUGGAUUCAGAGAAACCUGGAGUCUGUCCCAAGCCCAGGCCAGACAUUGACCCAAAAGUCGCCUCUUGUCUGAACGAGUGCUCCUCAGACAGUCAAUGUGAGGGAAACCUGAAGUGCUGCUUCAACGGCUGUGGACGUGUUUGUGAAAAGCCAAGAGGUGAGCCCAAGCGCAAGGACAAACGAGGAUUGUGCCCUAGUCCAAGUGGUUUUGGAGAAUGUGUCGAAAUGUGCACUUUUGAUGAAGACUGUAAGGAGGAUGAUAAAUGCUGCUCCAAUGGCUGUGGGCAUACCUGUCAGCGACCAGUCAUAAAAUCCAAACCAGGAUCCUGCCCUGACCCAAUCCCUUUUUUCACCACAUGUAAAAAGGAAUGCACUGAUGACAGUCAGUGUCCUGAGAACCUCAAAUGCUGCUUCAGCAGCUGUGGACUCCAGUGUAUCCCCCCUGAACAUGGCAACAAUCCACAAUGAUGGUCAGAAUCAUUUUGGAAAUCUUGAAUCACUUUAUCCUCUAAGCCUGCUUGUCAUGAAAUGAUUCAACUCUGGCUCUUUGACGCUGAAAUUGUGCAGCUACAGUAAAUUAUCAAGGAGACCAUGAAAUGGUUGCAGUAACAUUUUGAUGCAUGUCAUGUGCUCCCAUUUUCUGUUUUAAUAAAUGAAUCAGAACAGUUCAUGUGUGCAAGUUUUAUAUU